GUCACCCCUUCGCUUUAAUUAAACGACCAAACCCUACGGCGUACGCUCUGUACCUUGCCUGACCUUACCUUGCCUUCAACUAUUACCUCUAAACUACUACUUGACUCUUACUUCACUUCAUCUCACUUUACCUUACCUACGAGUAGAGUGAUACUCAAAAGACGGUCUACGAGUACUCUCACUUGACGUUUACGAGUACCUCACAAGCACAAACUACAACAAUCAGUAUCUCCUCACGCCGAUCUGAUCUCAACUGUGCUUAGGCCUUGUUCAGCUCAUCCGAUUCCAAGACUAGUACCUUUAAUUCAAUUAUCCAUUACAUCUUCCUUCGAAAACAACUUCGCAACCAUGCCAGGAGUUCCGCUUGACGCCUUCGAUACGGUCAAGAAGAACCUGAAGAGUCUUUUCCGCUCCAAGACCAAGAAAGAGAAGAACAAGCCUGCCCCCACCACCACCGGUGAAGCCUCUACGAAGCCCACCGAGACGCAACCUGCUGCUCCCGCGCCAGCGACCGCCCCCGCUACGCAGGCAGCCCAGCCCUCUCCACCCCAAAACAAGCCAGCCGAUGUCGCACCCCCAGCCGAGGCCCAGGCUCCUGUAGCCCAACCUGACACCAAGAAGGAGGAGGCUGCUCUGACCGAAGUUAAGAAGGCAACAGAGAGCCCAGAACCUGCCGGUGCCGUUGCACCUCCCCCUCCUACUGCUGUAGCAGCGCAAGAAGCCAACACAGAACCAAAGGCCACCGAAGCCAAACCUACCGAAGCGGCCGACCCAACUCCCAAGGCUGCUGCUCCUGUAGAUGCUACACCUGCACCUACUGAGGCUGCAGUCCCAGCUGCGAAACCUGCCCCUGGCAUGAGUGCUACGAGUGGUCCCCUAGACGCUGGAGAGCCUGAUUUCAGCUCUGACGCCAAGGAACAGCCCAAGGAGACUCCUGCUGCUGUCGCGACUCCUGCCGCGCCUCCUGCACCGGCCGCUGCUGAAGCGCCCGCGGCCCCUGCUGAGGAGAAGAAAUAGUGUAUCCUGCUCAUGGACAAUCGGACGAGCAGACCAUUAACGGCGGCUCGCAGAUCUCAAUGGAUGGAUAUCUCGUUUGGCAUGUUUCGCGACGGCGCAAUCCCCACAGCUGCAUGUUUCCGAGACCACAAUUUCCCUUUGCUUUGAUUCUAUACCCCCAUUCUGUAUGUGUAUUUCCAGCGAGGCGAUUGAAGUGGUUUGAUUUAAUGGACGUGGCACGAGGAACCUCUUUAUACCUAAAAAUAAAAUAAAACACAAUUGCCCCUA